GAAUGGUCCAAUCGAAGGGCUUCUUCUUUGAUCAGUUCGUCAACUUCGACCAAUCAAACAUCGUCAACGCGGGAUAUUUAAAAUCAGCUGUCCACGAUAGCGUCAGGUCUCGAGCAGCCACAGAAGAGAGAAGGCAAGAGCUUCAAGUUCUGACUGAGGAAUAUCCUAUCCUGCCGCUUGCGUUACUGUUGGACAUCCUUCUACAUAACGAUAAUCAAAGAUGCCGUCUCAGGAAAACAGACUCAAGUCUUUCAAGAACAAGGGCCGUGAUUCUUCGGAGUUGCGCAGGAGGAGAAAUGAGACGAACGUUGAGCUUCGCAAAGCCAAGAAGGAUGAGUCCUUGCUGAAGCGCAGGAAUGUCACCAUCACAGAGGAUGCCACAAGUCCACUCAAGGAUUCAAAUUCUCAGGGUCCCAGCUUUAUGACUGUAGAUGAGAUUAUCCAGGGUAUCAACUCCAACAGUCCCCAGGACCAGCUGUUGGCUGUCCAGGGGGCCAGGAAGAUCCUGUCCAGGGAGCGAAACCCUCCCAUUGGCCACAUCAUCAAGGCCAAUGUCAUCCCCAAGUUUGUGGAGUUCCUCUCACAUGAAGACAAUCCAUCCAUCCAGUUUGAGGCUGCCUGGGCCCUGACCAACAUUGCCUCAGGAACAUCGGAGCAGACCCGUGCUGUGGUGGAGGGAGGCGGUGUGCCAGCCUUCAUCAGCCUGCUGUCCUCCCAGCACAAAAAUGUGGCGGAGCAGGCCGUCUGGGCACUGGGCAAUAUUGCAGGGGACGGAUCUGAGUUCCGAGACUACGUGAUCCGCUCGGGCGUGGUGCAGCCUCUGCUGGCGCUCAUCAAUCCGGGCACGGCCGUCGCCUUCCUGCGUAACCUGACGUGGACGCUGUCCAACCUGUGUCGUAACAAGAACCCCCCUCCCCCCGCGGACACGGUCCAGAUGAUCCUGCCGUGCCUCGCCACGCUCAUCAACCAUGAUGACCGCGAGGUCCUGGCUGACACGUGCUGGGCUAUCUCCUACUUAUCUGAUGGGGACAACAGUCGCAUCCAGCUUGUGGUGGAUGCUGGAGUGGUGUCCAGACUGGUGCUGCUGCUGGGGUGUGGGGAGUUGUCUGUGCAGACGCCCUGUCUCCGGGCUGUGGGCAACAUUGUCACAGGCAAUGACAUCCAAACUCAGGCUGUGUUGGACCAGGGUGCCCUGGCCUGUUUCCCUGCGCUGCUGCGGCACCACAAGAACAACAUCCAGAAGGAGUCAGCCUGGACCAUCUCCAACAUCACUGCAGGAAACACCAUCCAGAUCCAGGCAGUCAUCGAUGCAGGGCUCGUCCCUCCCCUCCUGGAGGUGCUACACAAGGGAGAUUACAAGAGUCAGAAGGAAGCAGUGUGGGCCAUCACAAACUUCACCUCAGGGGGCUCCGUGGAGCAGAUUUGCCAGUUGGUGAACGCUGGUGUGAUCAAGCCGUUGUGUGACAUGCUUGUCGUCAGGGAGUCCAAGAUUGUCCUGGUCAUCCUGGACGCCAUUGGAAACAUCUUCACUGCUGCUGAGAAGCUUGGCCAGCAGCAUGUGGAGCAGAUCUGUGUGUGGAUAGAGGAGUUUGGCGGCAUCGAGAAGAUCGAGACUCUGCAGAACCAUGAGAACGAGAGUGUCUACCAGAGCGCCUUGCAGCUCAUCGAGAAAUACUUCUCAGGAGAGGGAGAUGAAGUUGAGAACUUGGCCCCUGAGAGCACCGCAGAAGGCUACAACUUCACCCAGUCAGCUGCAGAGGUGCCACAGGGAGGCUUUUCCUUCUGAUCCACCAGACGUGCCAAUAAACAUGGACCAAAGACACAAACAUGCCAAAACAAUACAACAUUUGUGUAAAAAAAAAAAAACCUCCUUCUUGUAAUGCAGUAUAAUGUCCCACAAAUCUGGAAUGGAAUCACGAUUGUUCACAAGUCAAAAGGUACAAACAGGUACAUAUGAUAUGAUGGGAACAAGAAUGGAAAUUUUGUCAACAUGUGGAAAGGAAAUACCAAAAAUUUGAAACCUUUGAGGAUUUUUACACAAACAAUAUACUAGUACAUAUUUCGCAGGAAAAUUACUUCUCUACAUUCCUCAGAAGCAAUCUAUUUUUGCAUGAAUGUUAUGCCAGAACAUACACUCUGCUAUACUGUACAUAUUUCAUAAGAUUGUCUGAUCUGUGUUGGUGCUCAAAGAGUCAAAUUCUGUCCGUGCCUAUGCUGUCUCUUCUUCAAUCUAUGUGAAUGUGAAAUCUUCUUAAACCAUACAUUGUGAACACAACUAAGCGAUUAGAUAGAGAUGUAUUAUGAAAUAGCAAGAAACUACGUAGCCUUUCUGUACUGUAAACAAGCACUUACAAAGAGAAUUUAUAUUAAAACACUGUAGAGCAAU